AUGUCUAAUCAAGCAAACCAAAUCCUCCUGGAGCUGGAAAAACGUUACAUACUUCCGGUCAUUGCAUUUAUGCUUUCUAGGUUCAUGAUCGGCCAAAGGGCCGCCGAAGCUUAUAGGCCCAUAGUUCAGGUCAUUGCCGGGCGUAUCGGAAACUGGUUUGUUCAAUCUAUCUGGAAGCCCAAUUUCAUCAAGGACAUGGAGGCCCUUUUGCGUCAUCUUGGACACACGAACUUAAAAGAUAAGCAUUUAGCGAUGCCCGCAGUUCACCAGAGAGAAGCAUGUAGCAUCAUCAAAGCUCGUAUUCAAAAACCAGGCAGAAAGGUAGUGGACGCUGAUGCGAUGUUUCUAGUCUUACAAUUUAAGACGGAGUUAGGACAAAUCUUUAUCAGGUCGCUUCAUUUCAGUCUCCUUCACAAAGAAAAUGAUAGCUUUGUUCGCAUGAUUCUGGCCGGUUGUGCAAUUUUGCAAGAUAUGCCACUCGUUCAAGAGGAAGGCGAAUUAUCAAAAGAUUUUCAGGCGCGCAAAGAAUGUGACGAGAUCUUCAGGGCAUUGAUAACGCCAGUUGGUGUUGCCUUUUUGAUAGCUGCGGGUCCAGAUGAAUGA